AUGAAGGUUCUUGUGAUAAACAUAACGAAAGUUGUCAGUGUCAGACUGGCAUGUGUUGCUGGAUAUUGGGGUCCGUCUUGCACUAAGCCAUGUAGCACGACAUGUAGAGAAUCUUCAUGUGACAAACAGGAUGGAAGAUGUCAAUCCUGUGCUGAUGGACAUUGGGGUUCAAACUGCACGAAUAAUUGUCCCACUAAUUGUGGAGGAGCUACCUGUGAUAAAGAAACGGGAAGUUGUCCGUGUGCUGAAGGUUACUGGGGUCAGAAUUGCGAAUUUGGAUGUGGCCAAUGCAGUGAAGGUUCUUGUGACAAACAUAAUGGAACUUGUCAGUGUCAGACUGGAUGGGCUCCACCGAGAUGUACAUUGUGUGACCAAGGCUAUUAUGGAACCAGCUGCAGUGAGACAUGCGGUCACUGCGUAAAUGGUAACACAGCAUGUCACAACGUGACUGGGCGUUGUUCUGGUGGUUGCAGUGCUGGAUGGAGAGACGAUACGUGUAAAAGAGCAUGCGAAGAUGGUUAUUAUGGUGAUCAAUGCAAUCACAGUUGUGGUCACUGUUUAAAUGGCAACACAGCAUGUAACAAAGUGACAGGAUUUUGUCAUGAUGGGUGCGGUGCUGGAUGGAAAGGAGAUACCUGCAAGAUAGAAUGCAGCAAUGGAACGCAUGGAAAAAACUGCAAGCAAACAUGUAGUAAUUGCAAGGGGUCAAACUGUGAUCGUUUUAAUGGCACAUGUUUUGAUGGAUGUAUUGCUGGGUAUGCCAACCCAGAUACUGGAUGUGUAGAGAAAUGUAUGUAUAUGUAAUUUUCGUACCUUAUAGACAGUUGGUAUAAAAUGUUCAAAGUUGA